UGGCAAAACAAACACAUGACAUUACCUUAGUAAAUGAAGGAGACAAAACUCGAUAGCUAUUGACUAUAUCGUCCACUCCCAAACACACAAAACGCAAUCCAAAACUAGAGGUUAUAAUUGAAAACAAAAUAUGUAAAACCAUGAACUUGCCAAAGCUCUAGUUUAGCAACACAUUCUUAUUGGCUCUAAACUCAUUCAACUCAACUUAAUGGGCUCCAUCCCCUGUACUCAUCCUAUAUUUCCUCAUAUUUCCACUCGAUCAAGAAUACCCAGAUCCUUGUUCUUUAAGCACAAUAAAAGAUGGUGGAAUUUGAGUUGCUGUGCUUCUAGCUUUGAUGAUCUGAGUUCAUAUAAUUUGGAAAACCAAAAUGGGUCUCUGAAUAAUAAUUCAGCUUCUUUUGGCGCAUUAGAUGCUAAAAUUAACUCAGAAUCCAUUGAUUUUUUUGUUAGUGAUGCUGAAGGUGAUCCUGAUUGCCCCACCAAAGGUUUUUCCUCUAUUGAUCAGGCUCUCAUCACUCUUAAACAAGGAAAGUUUGUGAUUGUCGUAGAUGAUGAAAAUGAAGACGAAGGAAAUCUAGUAAUGGCAGCAUCAUUAGUCAGUCCCCAAGCCAUGGCCUUCUUGGUCAAACAUGGAACAGGAAUCGUAUCGGUAGGAAUGAGGGGGGAUGAUCUUGUAAGACUAAAGCUUCCUCUAAUGUCACCAGAUAGCGAAAAUGCAGAUUCUGCUGCUCCUACUUUCACUGUCACUGUGGAUGCUAAAGUGGGCACAACAACUGGUGUAUCAGCUUCAGACAGGGCAAAAACAGUUGCUGCUCUUGCAUCUCCGGACUCUAAACCCGGAGAUUUCAGAAGGCCAGGUCAUGUUUUCCCCCUCAAGUAUAGAAAUGGUGGGGUUCUAAGGAGAGCAGGACAUACCGAAGCCUCUGUUGAUUUAGUUAUGUUGGCUGAAUUAAGACCAGUUUCAGUUCUUUCGGCCAUAAUUGAUCAAGAUGAUGGUUCACUAGCCUCUUUAACCACCUUGAGAAAACUAUCUUUGGAGCACAACAUUCCUAUAGUCUCCAUCACUGAUUUGAUUAGAUAUAGAAGAAAAAGGGAAAGAUUAGUAGAAAGAACUGUGGUUUCAAGGGUUCCAACAGAUUGGGGACAAUUUGAUGCUUACUGCUAUCACUCCAAGUUAGAUGGAAUUGAGCAUGUAGCUUUUGUAAAGGGAGACAUAGGAAAUGGUCAAGACAUCCUAGUAAGAGUUCAUUCCGAGUGCUUAACAGGUGAUGUAUUUGGUUCUGCUCGAUGUGAUUGUGGGAACCAACUAGCUCUAGCAAUGGAACUGAUUGAGAAAGCGGAAAGAGGAGUUUUUCUUUAUCUACGAGGCCAUGAAGGGCGAGGAAUUGGCUUAGGACAUAAACUUCAAGCUUAUAACUUGCAAGACCAAGGCCAUGACACAGUUGAAGCCAACCUUGAACUAGGACUGGCUGCUGAUGCGCGUGAAUAUGGUAUUGGUGCACAGGUUUGCAAAUUUCACUGUCAGAUUCUGAGGGAUAUUGGGGUUCGAACCAUGAGGCUGAUGACCAACAAUCCGGCAAAAUUCACUGGCUUGAAGGGUUAUGGCUUGGCUGUGGUAGGAAGAGUUCCUGUCUUAACACCUAUAACUAGUGAAAAUAGAAGGUACUUGGAAACCAAACGUGUUAAGAUGGGGCAUAUGUAUGGAUCUAAUGUACAAGAAUCAUCGGCGGGUUUCAUUGAUUCGUCGGAUACACAAGAGAGUGAAGAAGAAAAAGGUUGAAAUUUUUAGUACAUAUUCCUUCUAAACAUACCAUAUUUUUUUUUUUUUUUUAUCAAAACAGUUUAAUCUUUUCAUUAUAGGAGAAAAGGUUUACUUGUAUUAUUCUUUUGCAAAUUAAAUACAACUAAAAUUACACAAGCAAGUACAGUACAUGAAAAUAGCUUGUACAAAGAUCAUAUUCCGGAUUCUGAAUGAUAAUGAUAAUUUUGUCUCA